CGGAGCUACCACGGGGAUCUUGGAGUCGACUUACUAUAAAAGAAGAAGAAGAAACACGGAAGAUGACACGUUGGAAACCCUAUAGAAAGCUACACAUUCACAUCGAUCUUGUUGUCUUCCCACUUUUAGAUUCUCUCUUGAUCGACCUCGUUUGUAUCACUCGAUCUAGUUCAAUUCAUUGUAUUUGAUCCCAGUUAUCAAUAAAGUAUAUUUUUGCCUACCUGAAACUAUUUAACAUCGUUGUGUUCUAAAGAUAUCGUUGACCACAUCAUUUGUUUUCCCUAGAUCAACCCCGAUCACUAUCAAAUACUUUGUGUAGAUUUUAGGUUCUACAAAUAUUAAAUAAUAUUUAGUAUUUGUGAAUAUUACCACAGAAAAUUUUGAUAUGUAUAUUGCCCUCAAAUAAUAUGAGCUUUAAUACCGGUUAGAAAAUUUUCAGUGCAAAAACAAUAGUAUUAAUAUAAUGUUUUAGUGUUGGAUUGAAAAUGACACUGUAUUUCUCUUAGCGUGGACUUAGAUGAUCUUAAGAUGAUUCAGUACCCAGUCAUAUUCAAAUAUGUUACCAAACCUCUCUAUUAUUUAUAUUCUUCCUCCUCUAAAACACAUUCAAUAAAAACCAUCACAAUUACCGCAAUCGCCAUGAACACCUUCCAACCGCCUCCGCCUCUGGUGAUGCCGGGCUACAACCACCUCCUUGGCACAGAAGACAUCGUAGGAUUCAGAUACAGAAUUGGAUUCUCCAUCGGAGUGCUCCUUCUGAUCAUCACCACAAUCACCCUCAUCUCCUACUUCUGCAAACGUAGUCAGCUCUCUUCUUCAACGUCAUCACCAGAUUGGGCACGUGUGCAUCACCACUUCAUCAUCGACGGUCUGGACGAUGAGACUAUUCAGAGCUACCCAAAGAUCCUCUACUCAGAAGCAAAAGUAAAUUCAACGUCGUCGUGUUGUCCAAUAUGCUUGGGAGACUACAAGGGGAAUGAUCUGCUGCGGCAACUGCCAGACUGCAACCACUUCUUUCACCUCAAAUGUGUCGACAUGUGGCUUAGAAUCAAUCCUACAUGUCCUGUCUGCCGUACUUCGCCGCUUCCUACUCCUCAGCCCACUCCCCUCGCCGAGGUUGUCCACUCAGCCUCCUCCGUGGCCACCACCAGGAUGUCCUAAUUAUUAUAAGUCGAAGUCAAGCCUAACCUUCGGGAUAUUCUUCUUUACUUCCUAUACAAGUCUUCUUUUUUGGUCAUUGUAUAUAUUAUUUGAAGCCCCAAAACAUGUAAAAGGAAGGAAAAGUAAAGCUUAAUUAUUUCACA